UAAUGUUUACUACCUGAAUUGAUCAGUGAAAUAAAUACAUUCAAAACAACCAGCCUCUUUCUGCUUGACUUUUCAGUCCCAUUGAGUGCCAUUGGUGAUACGUUAUCGGGCAGGAGAGAAGAAAACUGGCUCUCUUUAUCCUUUUAACCAGUGCAUGGGAUUUCUGGCCUGUGUUUAUGUCAAAGGCUAGACAAGAUGAUCCUAAAAUUCUUCCAUCUUUAAGCUUGACCUAGGAGAGGUAACUAAUCAGCAAUGGGCAGGAUCCAGUCCCAAGAAAUCCACUCUGUAAGUAACCAAAGCAGUAUUGCUGUAUCUGUGCUGUAUGAGGAAGGAUGCAGAGCCAGGAUGGGUCUGACAGGGUUUAGUAGAUUUAGUCCAUGCCGCACCUGGCCUGAACACUGGGCUGUGAAUAAAAGUGGCACCCAGAUGCAGGAGACAUGGCCAUUGGUGAGCAACCUUGUCCCUUUUGUAGUCAAGAUACUCCUAAAUGGAAAGCAGGAACUGCGGGAAAAGCUGGAUUAGUUUGUUGGCCCAAGAUCCAUUUCCUACCCAGUCUGCCUGCCAUAAAAAAACAACUGGAAUGAUCUGCUCCAACCUACUAGAAAACUAAGACGUGCUUAUUUUAUUUUGAGCAUCAGAAAGAGAUUUUCUCCUUGGUUAGGACCAAAUUCUGCUGUUGGUUACAGCCCUAAAUUCUCUUAACAUCAAAACAUUCCGGGCAUUCAUCAUUUCAGUUCUGACCAGGGUCCCCUAUGUUAUGCUGAAUGUGAAUACACACAGUGCAAGGUAAUGGAGAGUUGGGCCUAGUAGGGCAACCAUUUCACGGUAAUUCUAAAGGCCUCUUCCUAAGAAGGAGCAUAGCUGGUGCCUAGAGCGAGGCCCAAGGCAGAAAAAAUGUGUAUGAAGAUGUGAUGGCCUUGAGAAGAUGAGAUUCUAUCUAUGCAACUUGAGUAUGUUUUUAACCUUGGACUUUACUGCUCAAGUACUUGUGCGUUGCAGCUUCUGAAUAAAGGAUGUGGCCAAUUUUUCUUGGUAGCUGCAAGCUGCACUCAUACAGAGCUGCUAACUCACUUGGCUAUUAAAAGAGCUGUCCCUAGGAGCACUAUCUUUCCCAGCACCAUCCGGCUGAAUCAGUCUGUUGUCCUUCCUGUGGAUUCAGCCUAGUUUAUUUUGGUGUAACCUGUGGAAUGCCACAAGUUAUAUUUUGUCCCUGUAACAACCAUGAGAGCAGCUUUCUCCUGGGCUUAAUUACUGACACCAGCGGAGUCUGCAGAUCUUCCACUGCUAUUUAGGUGUAGUAGGUUCAUGUCACCGCUUUAAGGGAAACCCCAGGGUCAGCAUACAGCGGGCUGUUAGGCUCACCAUGCUGUCAAAAAUAGUCUUGAUGAGAUGGGAAACUAAAGGCCACGGUGCUCAGUAAGUGUAUUACAAACCACUACCAGAUUAAAGCACAUUUUAAGUUAUUACUUUGCAGUUGACACUCAGCGAUGUUCUUAUUGGAAGUGGUGUCCUCCUUUAUCUCCUGGUCCAGCCUGCUUGGUUCUGUGUACCAGAUGCGUUCCCUGGUGCUGCUCGCACACAGUGAAUCUUUAUCUUUAAAAGAGAAAGCCAGAAAAAAUGGCAGAGAUUAGGGCUGUCAUGCAGAGGAAGUGAUUCUGGAAAAGAAAAAAUGAGAUACUUUUGCAAACUGAAUCUUCCCUCCCUGUCUCCUUCACUUCUUGUCCCAGUGCUAUUCAGGGAUAAAAGGCUGCAGGUAAGGUGUGUUUCUUGGACUUACUGCAUAUAGAAACUAUUUUAGAAUCUUUGCAAAAUUUGUAUAAAAGGGACAUAUUUAGGCUUAUGGAAAUUAUUAUGAGGCGCUACCCAGAGCUGUUAAUCACAUUGCAGCUGGCAUUGAGCUAUACAGGGGUCCUAAACUCCAUGGCUCUCUACAGGAAUGCUGCUGGAGCCAGCCUGCAGCUCCCUUGUUGCAAUGCCCAGAUUUUCUCCAGUAUGAAGGGAAGGGAAAUGCACCCCACUGACCAAACUGCACAGGAAAGGCAAGAGAGAGGUCAAACAGAAAGAAUUGGGAGCAGCCUGGACUGUGAUUUCUGAGCAGAUUCUUUGCGUGCUUUGUUGUUGCCCUACGUGGCUUAGGCUGAUUUAGCGCAUACCAGGUGCUUAUUGUGAGCCCUUAGGGGCUCAGCGUAAGAAAUUUAACUGUCUUGUUCCAAAGGGCUGGAGGAUAAAGCAGGGUACCUGGAGUAAGAAGAAGAUUACUCAGAGGGUCUAUAUACGUGUGUUAGUCAGCUGUUAAUCAGGCACAGGCUAACAGCUGUACUUUAUUACUUUUAUACUACCAAGAACCAAAGGCUCAAACCUGAGAAAAUACUGUGAAGGAAGCCCCUCUCCUUCACUUACCCUGGUGAAAGACACAGUCUCUUUACCCUGCAUACAUGUAUAUUUUGUCUAUAGAAGAAUGAUAUGGAAACAGUCAGGCUGUAUAUGUUGCUGCCAUCAGCAACAGCAUCCUUGAAUUCACUGCAGUGCUGGUCCACUUGUUACCCAGAGCACGUGGAGCAAGAAUCGCAGUCAUCGAUACCGUUAGCAUCUCUUCCAGCAAGCGUAUUCUUGCAAGCUCCCAUUUUGUGGAAGAGUUAGUUGAUGAAGCCUCCACUUCUGGUGACGUGCAGCAAGCUUGCAGGAAGGCCUCAUGUGGGAGGUGUCCCCAGGAUGAGCCUGACCCUUAUCUUGCCAAGCCAGCUGCAAGGGGAUUGGGGGAUCUGGGAGCUCAGCUAUGCAGCUGCACACACUCCUACACUGGCUGGACUGCCUUAGGACCUUCCUCUUGCAUUGUGAAGCCAACAAGAAAACAAGGAUUCAUCUACCCUGAGCUCUCACCUCUCCUGCCGAGGACACCAAGUUCACCCAACUUUAAAAGUACAUCCUCAGAACAAACCCACAAAAGCCUAGGGCUUUGCUGGCUAAUCCUGAGAGCAGGUGGUGUCUUCUUCCUGGGUCUCUAUCUCACCCAGUCCCACUGUGUGAGUGUCCACGGGUGAAGAUGUACAGUGGGAUUCUCUUAUUGUCCCUCUUUGGCUUUCUCCCGCAUGUGAUACCAACAUGCCCUGUGCCAUGCAAGUGUGCCACGAACAUUAUCGACUGCGCAUCGAAGGACCUAACCAUAACAAAGCUGCCAGCUGCCUUCCGCCCAUCGGUUGAAGUUAUCCGUCUUGGUUACAACAGGCUCACCUCUAUUCCCAAAGGGCUCUUUGACAACCUGAAGAGUCUCCAGGAAGUCCACCUGCAAGGAAACCCUUGGGAAUGCAACUGUGACAUCCUCUACUUGCGCUCCUGGCUUCAGUGGCAGCAGAACCGGACCUUUUACAGGGAUGUGAAAUGUACCUCCCCAGCUCACCUGCAGGACCGGAUCAUCGCCUAUCUGACAGAAGAUGAGAUCAUCUCCACAUGCCAGUACUGGUACUGCAGCCUGGCUCUCCUCUCUCAGCUCUGUCUGUUCAUCCUCCUUUUACUCCAGGCUAUCUUGGUCAUCUUCAUCAUUAUCUACCUGCAGAGAUUUCGGAGAAUGACUGCUGAAGCCCGGAGCACCACCCAGGAUCUACACCAGCGUGUAGAUACCUGGGCAUCUUCAAGAAGCCCCUACGACAGUGAUUAACAUCACAAGAGCUUUCAGUCCUGUGCUUCUGGUGUGUGCAGGAGCAAGGACCCCCCACUCCCACCCUUUGGAUAUUGUUGUGCCCAAGCCAUAUGGUUUGUGAUGCCUGGAGGGGACCAUUCAGUGCAGCAUCUGGUCGUGACUGCAGUCCAGAGCAGGACUUGGAACCGAUCAGACACUUGCUGUAUUCCCAAAGAGCCAAUCCUGUGUUUUUUAAUGCUUUAAAUUCGCUCUGGAGCCAAGAGUCGCCUAGACCAGGGGCUCUCUCCAACCCCAUUUGUGCAGUGCCUGGCACAGUGGGCAGCCGACCUCAGCUGCAGCCUCAGACGGCAGAAACCAGUGACGUGCCUCCCGCUAGUUCCCGCUAGUUACUAUGUCCCUCGACUAUUUUUGGA